CUCGUUUGGAACUUUGGAGUCUGGACAUCGUACCGUGCUUGCACUGACUGUUCUGGCAAGUUUUAAGAAAACAUUUUUUUACUUUACUGUCUUUACACUUGACACCUGUGAAUUAUUUACAGCUCGUACAGAAGGCGUCACAUUCUGUUAUGCGCAUUAGACAAAGUCACUGGUUUAAAGAUAAGAAUGGCGAAAAUUCAUAACGUAUCUGACUACCCCGAAUAUUCCGCAGCCAUUGAAGAAGUCCAAGUGCGGAGUCCUAAAAUUUUCGCGUACUUCUACGGCAAUGAGGAUCCGGCGACGAAGAAGAGCUGGUGUCCGGAUUGCGUACUAGCUGAUCCAGUCAUUAAAGAAGCAUUCAAAAAUGCGCCCCAGGACCUGGAGAUAGUUCGCGUGGCCGUCGGAGAGAGGGCUGCUUGGAAGACCCCGGACAACGUGUACAGACUGAAAGCCAAAGUUAAAUGCAUUCCCACGUUAAUCAAGCUGGAGAAUGGCGAAGAGGCUGGGAGACUGGAGGAACUGGACUGCGCUGCUCCGGAGAAGGUUAACAGUUUUCUACGAAGCUGAAGUAUUUAUAAUUUACGUGAAAUAUUGAUUCGAUGCCGUUGCCGUCGUUCAUAGUUUGAUCGUUUUUUACUGUUUUUCUUACUGUGUGAUUCAUUUUAAUUUUUUAAUAGCGCCUUAACCUUUCAGUAUAACCGACUGUAACGAUAUAAUUUUUGUUUCCAUAUUAUGAUUUUCUAUUUACGCUAGGUUGAUAAAUGAACUAUGAACGUGAUACUAUUUUUUUGUUCUUGGAAUAUCCGCUGACUGUUCUUUAAAGGAAAUUUUUUACUUUUUUAACGUGGAAUUAGAAUGUUUCUUCCUGACAAUACUGGUGUUUCUUCCUGACAAUACUGUCUAUUAAAUCUUCGACGCAGU